CUUACCAGAAUAACGUGCUGGAGAAAUAUGAUCACUGCAGUGCUUCAAAGUCUUCACAGGGAUCUCUUCAAGAGCUUACAAUUUUAUCUCAGAUGAAACCAUUUGUGACAUGGACUGCUUGGUUCUUGACACUUAGCUUGCAAGAAACAACCAUCAAAGGCAGGUAGCAGCUCUGGCGCACACCCAAAAGACACUGACUGGCCUAGCCAGAAAAGGAUGAAUCAAGGAAUUAUUGGGAAAAUCUCAGGUGAAGAAGCAAAUGAUAGCUUUGCUUAUUACAAGCAGCAGAAGUGUCAUGGAAGUGUCAGAUCCGUUAUAAUCCAGCUGCAUGAAGCCAUACAGAAACUGAAGCAAGAAGUGAAGAAUCUCCGUUUGUCUGCCCUCACAUUUUCCAGAGAUGUCCAGCAUCAUGGCAAAACUUACCUUGGUCAGAUUUUGGCUGCUGUCCAAAGGCUUCAGAUGCAUAAUGAGGCUAUGCAAACCUUUCAGACCAGAGCCUUUGAACUUGAGCAGUCCUUGCAUGAAGUAAAUGAGCGAUACCAGAAAGAAAAACAAAGGAGAAAAGUACUUCAUAACAGUUUAAUUGAACUAAGGGGAAAUAUCAGAGUCCAUUGCAGGAUCCGCCCACUGUUACCAUUUGAUACACCUCCUGGAGAGUCAGACUUAAAAGACAGGCAGAGAAACAUCCCAGAAAAUGUGGUGUGUGAAGCUGAUGAUGAAACCGUCUUUGUAAAAUGCAACCGUCCCGGUCAUGCUUUGAUAAACAAGACGUUCCAGUAUGAAAGAGUUUACAGUGCUUCUGAUUCUCAAGUGACAGUGUUUGCAGAUGUAGCCCCUUUGCUAACAUCUCUGUUGGAUGGGUACAAUGUGUGCAUUAUGGCUUACGGACAGACUGGAAGUGGGAAAACACACACAAUGUUGGGUCCACAGUCUGAGAGUAAUUUCACUUUCUCCAUGGAAGACGAGCAAGGUUUAGGAAUCAUUCCUAGAGCUAGUGAAGAAGUAUUCAGACUCCUUUCAGAAAAGCCGCUAGGAAGCCAUUGGGUUGAGGUUUCUGUCGUGGAAGUAUAUAAUAAUGAAGUUUUUGAUCUUCUGGCCAAAGACAGCUAUGGAAGAAUGAGUGGUGUCAAAAGGGACAUAAUCACAAAUAAGGAAGGAAAAAGCGAUAUCCCACUUCUUACCCAUGAGCCUGUUGAAGAUGCUGUGGAGUUUUUGGAACUAGUUAAUAAGGGCUUACAACUGAGAGUCAAACACCCGACACUUGUCCACGCUCAUUCCUCUCGUUCUCAUCUUGUGAUAACCUUGACAGUAACCACAAUGGCUGACUCAGAGGAUAACUUGGCAACUCCCUGGGCAGGUGACCGUUCGAGUCCAAAGAUGGGUAGAAAACAUUUCCUCACUUCUCCUUGCUCAGUGAAAGAUGACAAGCCCUCCUUUCCUUCUAGAGCUUCUUCUCCGACGCUGUUUUUCAAUGAAUCUACAGAAAAACUUAAGCGAAUGAGAACGAAACUGCAGCUGGUGGAUUUGGCUGGCAGUGAAUGUGCUGGCAUGUCUGGUGUGACCGGGUCAGUCCUGAGAGAGACAUCCUUCAUUAACCGCAGCUUGUCUGCUUUGGCUGAUGUGCUUGGAGCCAUAUCAGAACAGCGCUCUCAUGUGCCAUAUCGAAACAGCAAACUUACCCAUUUACUUCAGGAUUCCAUAGGGGGCAAUGCGAAGUUGCUGGUGGUGCUGUGUGUCUCCCCCAGCCAAAAGUAUAUCACAGAGUCACUGCAAACCCUGGGUUUCGGAUCUCGCGCACGGCAAGUUCAGAGAGGGCACACAAAGAAAAGAAACCAACCAGCGCUGAGCAAGUCCAAAUAAGAAACACGACUCCUGUGGAUUGAAGCAUUAUUAAUGAGUUCCUCAGACUGAAAUGUAUCUUGUUGUCAUAAAGCUGAAAACUGCCAGUUAAAAUAAGCACUCCAUAUUGGCAAGCCCUAAAA